CCCUCAGCUGGGAUAUGAAAAGCUCUGUCAGCCCCCAGCUUUCCUCAGAAGCCCUCCUGCAAGGCCACGAACAUGAGCCGACUCUGCCUCUCCAUCGCCCUCCUCGUCCUCCUGGGCACCCUGGUGGCCGGCACACCGGGAGGUGAAACCAGCAACCAGGUCCAAGCCCUGCGCCCUGCCUUCUGCCUGGAGCCUUCUUACACGGGUCCCUGCAGGGCCCUGUUCAUCAGAUACUUCUACAACGCCAAGUCUGGGCUCUGCGAGACCUUUGCUUACGGUGGGUGCAGAAAGAAGCAAAACAACUUCCUGGAUAAGGAGGACUGCAUCAGCACCUGUGGUGGCCGCAACAGGGCCCGGGAGAGCCGGGCAGCUGGGCUCCCCUGAGAUGGUGAAGUCCUAGGAGGCCCCACACAGCGCUGGGCUCUGCCUUCUGAAAGAGCUGAGCCUCUUCCUCUGCUUCCUUCUCAGACCUACCCUCCUCAACAGAACCCUGCCUCUUUCCUCACCUUCAUUCCACUCUCCACCAUCACUGCACUCCUUGGAGGGGGCAGCGAUGGAAGUUCUGGCAUCCAGUUCCGAGCGUCAGUGGUGGCAGAGGACUUUUCAAUAAA